AUGGAGACGUACGACGCGGUCGGGGAGAACAAUUUCAACCCGUCGAGUUAUCACGGGAACCACACGAAACAACACGCGACGUGGUCGCCGUACGAUAACAACGGAGGCACGGUUAUGGCUGUUGCCGGGGAGGAUUACGUGAUUUGCGCAGCCGAUACGAGGAUGAGCACGGGGUAUUCGAUCAUGACGAGGCAGUAUACGAAAGUGGACGAAAUGUCCCCGAAAACGUUGAUGGCGUCGGCUGGGUUUAUGGCAGACGCGGCGACGUUGAAGAAGUUGUUGAAAGGGAGGUGCGAUCAGUAUCAGUUUGCGAAUAACAAACCCAUCGGGUGCGUGGCGUUUGCGCAGAUGCUUUCGAAUACGCUGUACAUGCGAAGGUUUUUUCCGUAUUACGCGUUCAACAUCGUGGCUGGUUUAGAUGCGGAAGGUAAAGGGGCGGUGUUUACGUACGAUGCGGUCGGGAGUUACGAGAGGACGAAUUAUUCCUGUCAAGGGAGUGGGCAGCAGUUGAUUAUGCCGGUGUUGGAUAAUCAGUUGAAAACGGUCAGUCCGUUGGUGUUGCCGGCGGUGAGUAGCGCGACGCCGUUGAGCGAAGAAGAGGCGAUUGAUUUGAUUAAAGAUUGUUUUGCCACGGCUGGAGAGAGAGACAUUUAUACCGGAGACGCGGUGGAGUUGUUUGUGAUGAAUAAAGAUGGGAUUAGAAAGGAGACGAUGCCGUUGAAGACGGAUUAA